UUGGUAACAUAACCUCAUCGUUCACGUCAAGUCGGCUCAUCGAAGUUUGCACCAAUAUUUUUAUUUCUUAAUUCAUUACAAUCUGAUGACGAACCGUCAGAAAUUUAUCGAAGUUCAGUCGUAGUGAACGCUUUCUCGUUAAUAAUUCCAACAAGUUGUGAUUAAAUGUCCUUUUUUGUGUGUCUUUGUUACUAAUCCAAAGGAGUGCCGUAAGUGAUUACAUAACAGUCGACUAUGCGUACCGUAGAGGGAAAAAUCGUCGUCCUGGGAGGACAAGGGGUUGGUAAGACCAGUAUGGUGGUUCGAUACAUAGGAAAAAUGUUCAGCCAUCACAUCAGUCCUACAAUCGGAGCCUCCUUUUUCACGUGCAAAAUCAACAUAGAAGACUCAAAAGUUAAACUACAGGUAUGGGAUACAGCAGGACAAGAAAGGUUCCGAUCAAUGGCCCCUAUGUAUUAUCGGAAUGCAAACGCAGCACUUUUAGUUUUUGACAUCACAGAACAUGCUUCUUUUGAAUCUGUAAAAUCGUGGGUGAAAGAAUUAAAACGCAAUGUUGAUGAGCCCCUAGUCCUUUGUGUUGUCGGUAACAAAACAGAUUUAGAACCACAGCGGCAAGUAACAAGGGAAGAGGCCAUGCAAUAUACUGAAUCAAUCAAUGGAACCUACUUUGAAACAUCUGCUUUAAAUGAUGAUGGUAUUGAAGAUGUUUUUCUGAAUGUAGCUGUUGGUUUGAUCAAAAUGAGUAAAAACCCAAAUCUAAAGCAUAGUCUGCGGGUGUAUAAUUCUGACAAUGCGCCCAAUCCAUACCUAGACGAUGCAGGAUUAACACGCUACGGUCUUUCCAGUAUAGAAUUGAACGAACCUCUCGGCAGUGAAGCAAAGUCUCCGAUGUGUUGUUAACUUUAAGUAUUAUCUUUUCUCUUUUAUUUUAAUGUAAUGUCCUCUUCCUCACUUUCCCUGUCAUUGUACCUAUGUCAAUGACUUGACUGAUAUUGCAAUCUUUAAUCUUUUCAAUUGGACUACAUUUUGCAGUAAUGGAUUCCCAUUUCUGAUUCAUUAGUAGAAGCAUCUGUCUGCAUUCUGCAUAGAGAUAUUAAUGAUGUAUGAGUUUAUUUUUAAAAUAAGCAUGAAGUAGUAGCUCCUGAUUGCAAAAUUUAGUCCGAUUUCUAUUUCAUUUUAGCAACAUUCUGAUCUUCAAAGGAAAGCAUUUGUGACAUAUUUAUGACAUUCCAAGAGAACUACUGCAUUCCAAAAACAGUAUCUAAAGCUGAGAGCACAUGUUUUCUCAUUGAUAUUUUGACCAAAAUACAUUGAUCACAUCGAAAACUCCCAAAAUUAACUUACUAGUGAUAAAUGAACGUCUGUAGUUAAAAAAAUUACUUGCAGGCCUAAUCAACAUAGGUCACUUCAGGCAUUGAAGCCAACCUGCACGUUUUUCAGAUAACUAAAACUUGUCUUCACACACAUUUCUUCUCCCUCUAACACAUGGUACCUUUAAUCUUGUAAAAAAAGGAGUUAAUACACAGGAAAAUUCUCCCAUCGUAAAAUAUACUGAAAUUAGUCUAGUGCUGGAUUUGACUUGAAAAGAUACAAGUUUUCCUGUGGGCGAGAAGUGUGGAUUAACGUAAACAAAGAUCAUCAUUUUCUCAUCACCUAUGGACUUAUUUGGGAAAAUUUCAAUGCAUCCAUUGUAUUAUCAGUAAAAUUUUGUUGUGGAAACAAAAACAGGAUGAUCUAAGAGUCCCGCACCAUCCUUGUAAGCCUUAGGAUUCCUGCUUUUUUUCAGGCAAGUCCUCCGAAAAUUUUGGAGGGUUCCAAAAUUCGUUUAUCUCACCCAGGAGCAAUCAUAAAAUUUCAAGUCUAUUUUCGAUUAUUCUUUUUCUAUCUUGAUUUGUUAAAAAAAAAAAAAAAAAAAAAAAAAAAAAAAAAACCAGGGGUGCAAGUGAUGCCUGGCACUAGUGGAGCGGGACUUUUGGAUCACACUGUAUUUUGAUGCUUCAUUUUGUAGUCUGUCUAGUAGUCCAUUACCGCUUUCCUAUCCUUUUGUAUGUAUUAAAGAAUAUUGAAGUGUAACUUUAUUGAAGAAUGGAGCUUACCUUAAAUUUAUUUUACUUUAUCUAUUCUUUUGAAUUAUCAUUUAUUUUUAUAGAUCUGAUAAAAUUAAUUUUCGUGCUUUAGACUAAGGAGCGGUGUUCAAGAGGUUAGAUAUUGAUUCUUUUGCGUAAUAAGAUAGUAUAUUUUUGAAGUUUCUGGCUUAAUUAAUAUAGAUUCUUUUUGUGAGAAUGUCAUUGGAAACUGUAAUUGCAGCUGUUGUAUUUCUUUGUCUUGUUUUUUUUCUGGUGAGACACAACUUUUAUUAUCCAGAGUAAAGGUUGAAAAAAUUAUUGCAGUCAACUCUGAAUCAUUCGAAAUUCAAAGGACCAGAGACUAAUUUGAAAUCAAGGGAGCUAGGAAGUAGAUAUUGAACUCGAGAGCUCUUUACAAAUUUUCUUCCAUUGUUUGUGUAUUACAAUGAAUGAGAAGUGCUGGACGUUGUCCUUUUAUUAUUCUGGGAAACUACGCAGUUUUCAGUUGACAGAGAGCCAGUUUGGUAUCUUCUCAAAGUUGACCUGCCAACAUUUUCGGGUCAUAGAGAGUUCCGCUGUAAUAUGUUCAAUUACCAAGGUAAUUUGUCUACAUUAGCCCUAUAAAAAAUUUGAAUAAUUCAGGGAAAAAAUACGAAUGUAUGAAUAUAUGUAAUGAAUUCGUAGUGGUUUGUCACCUGCGUCACGGGCCCCUUCAGGGCCCGGGCCCCGGUACCAAGGACCCAGUAUCCCCCCCCUUGUGGCGGGCCUGGUAGACACCCUAGUGCCAAGUAUGUAAACGAAUGUAUCUUUCCCAUGAAUGAUUUAAUGGAACAAUUUCUUUUGUUAAAAUUGUUUUCUGCAGUUGUUGACAUGUGCCUGAACCGAGCUAACAGAUUUGCCCACUUUAGCCUGAAUUUUUCAUGCAAAUGUGGAAAGACUGCUGAUGUUUUCUAUGAAAAUAAUAUGUGUUAAUUUACUUUCUUGGCUCUUUCAAAGUUUUUCUCUUUCUAACAUGUUCUUUAAUUUUGAUUUUGUUUUCUGGAGUUUAACAAUAAGGGACAAAGUCAUAUUUUCAAAUGAGUGUAAUUUUAAGCUCAUGAAAUUGAAUGAUUAUUUGGAUUUUUAUAUCAAUGACAAAAAUCAAAAUUGCCUACCAGUCUAAAAAAUUUUCUUAAUACUUGAUAUUUUUCUCUUAUUCCUGACAUUUGUGCGUUAGAUGGAAGGCAAUUUAACUCUGAAAUCCAAGAUAACUUUGUCACUCCAUAUCUCCAGUCCUCAUACAUUCCUAUUUUUAUUUUUUACCUUCACUGUAAUCUCUCUUUUUUCUUUCUCCCUUUUGAGGUGAAAAUAACUGUAAAAGUUCAGGCACUAUUCAUCGUACUACUACUUACCAACAGUUCUAGGUGUUCCAUAUACCUAAAAUUGUUUUGUGUUUCAAUAAUUAAUUUAAGUAAGUUCAAAAUCACCAAGUGCCAAAUUAUGCAAAAACGAAUAAUUAUCAUGAAUCUUUGCUAAACCUAAAAAUUUAGCAGUCUAAAAUAAGGGUGAAAUUUCUUCAUAACCAUUCUGUGCUUCCUUUUUAUCAUCAUCAUUAGUACAUAAUAUUCAAUCUACUUAUCAUCACACUUAAGCAUCAUUUAUUUUUUAAUAACCGUGUGCCUUAAUGUAAUAUGAACACUAACCAGAAUUUCCUGUGCCUUGAAGCAUUUUCCUACAUUUCUAUCGAUGGACAAAGGUUUUUCAAUAUUUUUUUUUUCUUUUUCUUUUCUUUUUUUCAUUUUACGAUAAAUUUUGAGCAGUGGAAACUGUUUUUGAUUUUUCCUCUCAAUUUUAUAUUUAUUGCCAAGAAGAAACCUUGAACAAGGCCGAGUAAAAAAGAACCACUUUUUUAUCAGAUUGUAAUAAAUGCCUAAUUGCCCAAGUAUUAAUUAUUUCAUGUAUGGUUAAGUGGAAACAUAUUCAAUACAUCAUAAAAAUUGAUUAAAGUUUGCUAUCAAAAGCAGGUUUACAGCCCAGCAGUGCUCUUGAAGUGAAUAUUUCGGUGGCAAAAAGGCACACACUGGAAUCUCAUAGCACUUAUGCAAGGUUUCAAUAAAUUACUAGAUUUUUGUGUCUAUAUAUGGACUUAAUGCUCAUCAAAAUGUCAACCUCCUCCUCAAUUUUUUUUAGUGUGAUGGUGUUACAUGAAUUGUGCACAUUCUGGUACCAAUUAGACGUUAUGUCUAUGUGCAUCUUUCUAUAGUACAAUCAUUUUCCAAUUGUUGCAUUUCAGGUUUUGCGCCUCAUGCAAGUGUGCAAUAUUCUAAUAGCAAAUUUUUCUUUGACAAAUUAAAGCAUACAUUUAUUUGUUCAAAGCUCAAACAGUUUUAUUUGUCUCUCUACUGAGGUUUAGAGAGGUGUAUCUUGUUUUAUUAUCACUAAGUUAACUUAUUAAAACUGAAAAAAUGAAUCCAUAUAAAAAGAAGGAAAAAAACUUUACAUCGCGUGUACUAGUGAGCAAGUAAAUUUCAAAUUCAUUCUGUGGUUUCAAUUGUUGAGCAUGAUUUCUGAUUUGUGAUUACGUCUAAUUUUCAAGAAAAUGUUUUUUUUAUUGUUUGUAAUAUUGGGUAACUGAGCCAUCAGCUUGCAUUUUGGCAUACAAUAUCUUCAUUUCUGCAAGCUUAUUUUGUUGAAUUGGUAAUCGCCUAAGUUUGCAAAACAGGUUCAAUGCAAAAGAGCGAGGAUUUUUUUUUAUGUAGACAAACCAUUUCGGAUUGGAAUCAGCUUCUAUUAUUUUAGAGAAAGUAAAAGGUCCUUUUUUCAUACUUUUUUGGCAUUUUUAUUUCUAUGGCUCUCCCACCAUGAUUGGUUGUUUUUUACAAUUUUAUUUUAUGAAUGAUCACUGUUUGCAAUGGUGGCUCAUGUAUAGAUUCAAGGAAAGUUAAAUGCCUGCAGAAAUAUUUCAUCCAACUCCUCCCUUCAAUUUUAUUUGCCAUCCUUCCUGCUAUUACAGUGGUUUUCAUUAUGAACCCAUAUUCAUCACACGUGAACGAUUCCUUUUUCUAAGGAAACGAUAAAUGUGUAAGCAAGUACUCAGCCUGAUUUUAGGGGCUAUUUGGAUAAGGAUUGUUCCUUUGUAACUAAUAUGGGUUCAUAGAGUAGCAUGAUGGAAACUUACUCAUUUUUUUUUAUAUUGCCAUGAGCUGCCUAGGGUUGUUAUUAUUAAGUAUGGGUGAUUUUCAAUAAUUUAUCCUACUUAUCAAUUUUAUAUCUUUACCUAUGUAUUACUUUUUUAGGCACUAUUAUGUUUUAUGUACCAUUUUGCAAUAAAAAUUCUUUUUUUAAACGAAAA